GACCAGUACGACUUCAGCAAAGCGGCGCAGGUGGCGGCGCAAGAGAGCCAAGGCGAGAGCACUCUGGCAUUGGCACAGACGAGGACCAACAAGGCCAAUACAUCGAAGUGCGCUCGGUGUGGCAUCAAAUGGACGCAUGGUUGCGAUCCAAGUUAUGUGCCUCAAAAACACCCCAAGAGCCCGAGACGAUGGAACUAUUCCGGUUGGAAUGCGCAGACCAGCUGGCAGGACUGGGACAAUUCUCAUUGGGGAGAUGGCUCCAGUCAACAUCAGAGAGCAAAGACGCCGAAGAACAAGCCCAGAGGCAGCACACCCCGGAAGCGCAAUGCGGGUGGCAAGAAGGAAAAGAUGGCCCAAUACAGUGCGCCGGAAGUGGAACCACCCUGGAAUGCAAACUAUUCGGGGGGACCAUCAGCCAGUGCAACUGGAGAAGAAUCUUCAGCAGUUCAGGAGAAAUUGGUCAUGCUGGCAACGGCAGUCCAGGAAUCCAACGCGGCGGUGAACCCCAGUGUGCGGCAGAUCGUAGAGGAGUAUUCCACACCAGUGCCAACGGCCAAGGGCUUGAAGGCGGCAGUGGACAAGAUGGACAAGGCGCGCAAGAAAUUGAAGGAUGCAGAGAAGGCAAGACUGACAAUGCAUUUUUCGUGGAGGAAAUACAUUGCAGACUCCUUGCAAAGGUGGACGCAGUUUGCAGAGAAAUUUGGUCGAGACGAUCAGGAGCUUGCAGAUCGCGUUCGAGCAGCAAGGGAGAAAUUGCAGAAAACGAGAGAAGAAGUGGAUGCCAAGAAAGCUGCGCUAGAGGAUCACGAUGGAGAGGACCACAUCGACAUCUCCGACGACGAUAUGGCGGAGAAGGUGGACAGCUCAGAAAACAUCCAAAGCAGCAUUACGGGCAUGGUGGAGAACCUAUUGACUAUGAAACAACAGGCGGACGCAGCGAUCAUCGAGGCGAACGAGAACAAGGCGAAGAGGCAGCGCACAGACAACAACGAGGAGGGAGAGCCGCCCGCUGGGGGCAGAGGCUCAUCAGUGCCUGGGAGGAACCGACGCACAGGGUUCAACCAGGUCACCUUUGCAAAGCACGUGGAGUUCUAUGUGGGCUUUGAGGACACCGAGCACUUUGCAAAGGAGACCUACGAGGAGGAGAAUUUCAAUCAUCGAGCAUAUUUAUGCGAGAUCACCGGACGUCUUUCCGCAGGACCAGAGAUACAGCUGGAGGACGAAGAAGCCUCUGACGAAGUCUCAUGGAUGGCUGCAAGAGUUCCACAAGACCAAGGUGAACUGCAACCCUUUUUGAAUCGUGAUGCGGCAAGGGCUGCUGAUAUGCCCGAGGUCGCGCACCAAGGAGAUGAGAUCGAGGUAGAGAUUGAAGCUGAGGUUAGUGGAUCCGAGACCGACUCUUCAGACAGCAACAUUGAAGAGCAGGAGGCUCGGCACUCCACUUUGGCCUAUUUCAUGGACUAUGACCCAGUGCAUUGUCGACCUCGAUGGAGGACUUAUGAACUACUUCAUCAAGAUAUUGCGUAUCAAUCUCGAAUGAGUCACCAUGACGUGAGCAGAAUCCACAUUAUUGGACAUCCUCCAGAAGAUCUACAAAUGGCGAGUGUGCGACCCGUCAUUGUGCAGAGGCCGCAUGAUGUGACAGAAGGGUCUACAUUUCAACUGAUUCUUCUGGAUGUGGAUUUCCACAAUGCUAUGCCUUCUCUAGAAGCUGAGACGGUCAGGAGAGCAAAGCUCCUGCCAAAAACAAUCUCACGAAAAGCGCUUCUGGCAGUGCUCGGGCUUCAACCUUUCUGCACCUAUGCACGUAAGGCUUGUCUCAUGUGGCACAACAGGAAGCCAGUGAAAGUCCAGAGCAAAGCACUUUUAGAUCUACGUCAUGGAGAUUAUUUGAAGAUCGUAGUCCCUCCAGGAAGAGGGGAACUUCGAAAAUUUUACACUCGAGAAGUAGCGCAGUGUAUGAGAAGAGGCUAUCGAGCAUCCAACAUUCCAGUCCUCCUCGAAGCCUAUCCAGAAGGAAUUGACGUGACAGACAUGCCAGUCUACGACACGUUCGCCUAUGUUCCCAAACCAGAGGACCUUGACUAUGACAAGGAUGCCAUGUCACUGUUUCAAAUGCCAGGCCAUAGUGUUCCGCCCUUGGAUCCAUGGCCUCAUUUUCUUACCAGAUCGUGUGAUGUACCACAGGAAGAUUUCAUCCUCAACCUCAAGGUUGGAGAGAGCGACCGCCAAGAAGCACGUUUCUAUGAAACUUCCGACAUACCUCAGCCAGAUGCAGGACGUCCGCAACUAGCUUUUGGCAAUGAGCAACACUUUCUGCAAGAAUUUUUUCCAGUGUGGCAUCACUUCGCGGCUGUGGAACGAGAUGAUGAGGGCAGAAUCCUUUAUGCACAAACAUGGUAUUCAGAUCAUGAACGUUUCCCAACAUGCGAAGCUCCGAGACCGGCAAGAUUGACCUCCGACAUUUCCAGCUGGCUUGACACACUAGCAGAGACAUGGGACGAUCGUGUGGACCCAGAUGCAGAACUGGAUUUCUACCUCAUCGUGCCACGACCCAGAAGUUCAGCAGGAGUAGGAGACCCAGCAGUACCGCAUGUCCUCAUUGUGCAACACCCAAGACAGGAAGGCAGAAGCGUCCAUGUUUUUGCGGUUGAUGCCACGGAUGCGGGAACUACGGCAAGGUCUUUUGCAGCAGUCAUGCCUUUUCCGAUGCGAAAGAGUGAUUUUCUGGACUUACUGGGAAUACGUGAAGCCACCUUUGUUGAAAGUUUGGUCGAUUGCGCAGUUUGGCACGGUGAUGUUGAACUUGACCACGUCCAGCAGUACAACAUCAGACAUGGCCUGAGUUUCAUUGUAAUCCAGAAUCAUCUCCGAGACAUCAUCACCAGGGCAGCCGAAACUUCCUCUGCAAGUUCAUCAUCUCGAGCGCUUCUACAAGUUCACCAGCACAGGCGGGUGAUUUGCCUGGAGGAACUCAUUGAUAUUGAACAACCAGAGACUCGGAGUGAUGCAGUAGCUGUCCAAGUGAAGUGGCUGGCUCCAAUUCAACCAUUUCCGAGCUACAUCACCCUCUCUGUGAAUGCUACCAAUGAAGAAGCAGCAGCAGAACUUGAAUGCUGGGGCUUGCAAGCUCUUCCUGUGAUUUGCAAUGAAUGCGGCGUGGUAGCAUGUCUUUCUGCAGAACCUCGAGAUACUCCACAACAUGACUAUGUCCUGGUGAACAUGAAGUCCCAAGGAGGCAGUGGCAUUCAAGAUGUCAUCGUCCACACGGCCACGAAGAAAUUGAAGACCAAUGAACUCAUGAGUGUGCUAUACCAACUGGGUUUUUGGCGAGCCAUCAUUGAAUCCGAGGAUGAAGUCUACCCCUCAGUUUCAAAAGUCUGCUUCAUUGACCAAGUGGUCACAGUCAACAUGAAGCACAGCAAGAUUCAGAAAAGUGCAGCUUGGCCGCCACCGCAACAAGUGGGUGAGCACACAAAACAACCCUUCUUUUGUGACCCUUCCCACAUCGGAAGUGCCCAACUAGUAGAUCUGGGUGUUCAGACCAGCGACCUGCACGAGCUAUUUUGUUCCCAUCAUGGCGUUCUUUGUCCAGAUUUUGAAGGAUAUGAGCUACCAGAGGAACUACAGGUUGCGGUUGAUCAAUGUGACCCCAACAUCACUAUGGAAGAGAUUGAUCGUCUCCUUGUUUACACAGAUGGCUCUUCAAUGGGUUCGGCAAAGCAUGAUCCACCAAUGAGAGCAGAAGAAGAAGGGACAGGAGACACGUGGGCCUAUGUCAUCAUUGGCGAAAGAUACAAGCCCCCAGGCCUCAAGUUCCUUGGUUGGACAUCACAACCAGUGCACUAUGACCCAGCGAGCAACGCCCAUUUAGGAGCCAAGCGAGUUGGGGCAGACAUUGCAGAGAAGGAAGCGCUUUCGUGGGCAGCCCUAUGGAGGCUGAGUCUUAACCAAAAGAUUCCGACCUGCUUUCGUUCUGAUUCGAAGGUCGCCCUGGGACAAGCAGCAGGGAGUACAGGAACGUUGGAGAUGGACGAGACCUUUGCCUUCAUGAGAGGCGCCUAUCAAGCUCUUGAGGCGGCUUUGGGAAGAGAAGGCAUUCAAUACCAUCAUGUCCCUGGCCAUGCAGGGGAAGUUUGGAACGAGAUCUGCGAUUGGCUUGCGAAAAGAGAGCGUCAGCGCAGUUUCUACUGUCCAAGACCAAGAUUGGACAUGCGAAAAUGGAGAGCAGCCAUGAGUCACCUAUGGCUCAUUGUUGGACAACAUACUGAUCUUCCAAAAUUCUGUGGCAAUGGACUUCACGCGCCAGCCCCACAAUUGCCUCAAAGUUGUGACCCUCACGGACAAACGGACCCCACAUGCCACACAGCCACACGACACUGGGACCUCAUGGAAUUCACAGUCAGUGCUUGCAGCGUCAAUGUCAAUUCACUGAGCGGAGCACCAGAAGGUCAUGGUGGACGUUUGGACUAUAUGCGGUCUCAGUUCUCUAUGCUUGGUUUCAAUUUUCUUGGAGUGCAAGAAGCCAAAACACCAGAAUUCUACUCCUGCGUGAACCAAGUCCUGCGGAUGAGUUCGGGCCAUUUGAACCAUCAACAGGGGGUCGAACUUUGGAUCAACUUAGCGCAACCAUAUGGGCGCAUUCGGGGACGUCCACAAUUCUUUGAUCGUCAUGAUUUCCAAGUCGUCCACAAGACCCCGAGAAGUUUGCUGGUGAGUGUCGACACCCGCUACUGGAGAUGCUGGCUUCUGGUAGCCUAUGCGCCACAUAGUGGACUCCCGCAAGCAGAACGUGAGAAUUGGUGGCAGACCUUGUCAGACGCGCUACAACGCAAACCAGUGGCAGACCCUCUGAUUGUCAUGCUGGAUGCCAAUGCAGGACCCGGGGACUAUGAUGGGCUUGCAGUGCAUCGAACUGGCCUUGUGACAUCCUCAGGUACGUCUCUGCUGCGGAGCUUUGCAGAAGAGCAAGGCCUUUUCUUCCCCUGCACCACUGCAGCGCAUGUAGGGCCCAUCGAAACAUGGACGGACCCAACCGGGGAGAAGAAGUAUUGCAUCGACUAUGUCCUGCUGUCGCAUUUCUUCGAUGGUCGCUGUCAGCUAUCAAGGAUCGUCGAAGAACUUGACUUAGGCAGAACAGCUUGGGACCAUGAAGCAACUGCAGUUGAUCUUCAAUGGCAAGAAUGGCUCCAGCGCCGACCAAGUGUACAUUCUGAUGGUUUAGGUUUCGACCCGGCGCUGAUCAACAGUGACACGGUCCAUUCCGUCCUCUCAGCUUAUGAGCCCCCGCAAUGGGAGACCAAUAUUGAAGACCAUGUAGGUGACUUCAACCAAGUGCUCUUGACAGGCCUGAGACAAAAUUGUCCACCGUCCAAAAGAGGACCCAAGAAGGCCUAUAUGACGGAGCAGAUUUGGCACCUUCGCAGCGACAAGCUGUCUAUCAAGAAGAAGAUUCAACAGCUUUUUCGAAGGCAGCGAGAUGAAAGAGCAGUCUUCUUCUUUCAGACAUGGAAACAAAGGAGGACAGAUCGAGAAGGUUGGGAGGCUUACCAAUCCUAUAUGGAGUACAUUUGGAGGGCCAACUUCAAGCUCGUGGGGCAACAUCGUCGAAUCAUGUUGACGUUGAGAAGACAGUUGAGCAAAGCCAAACAAGAAACCAUCAAAACAAAGUUCGCAGAGAUGGACCCCAACGCCCCGGCCAGUGCCAUCUUGCAUGAGUUGAAACCGCUUUUGGGACCUUCCAAUCUCAAAAAGCUCAAGGUCUCGCCACUGCCACAGAUUCGCAAUGCGCAAGGCGAAGUUUGUGGUCUUCCCAAUGAGGCAGUGGAGACGUGGCUGGAAUUUUUCAGGCAGAUGGAAGGAGGACCGGUGUCAGAUGAAAUUGUGAUGCAUGUGGGGCGCAAAUUGGGGUUCACGGAAGACCUUCUGGAGGAGCUCUACAAGCAUCUGAGCGAGCCAGCGGCAAUUGCAGAAGCACAGUUGCCAAAGCACAUGCAGAUUGCCAUCAAUGCGUUGCAUGAGGACACGUUUUUCACAGUGCAAGGACAAGGUGAUGUUUGCAGGACGACCCUGGGGUCGCGGCCUGGCGACUGCUUCGCAGACGUCAUUUUUUCAUAUUUGUGGGGGCGCAUUCUCAAACGUCUCCAGGCAACGCUCAUUGAUAUGCACCUUGAUGACAAGAUCCCGAUGGACACCAGCUUGAGCAUCUCGGGACCGCAGGCGGAGGCAUCAAGGAGCUUCUUGGGGCCAACGUGGAUGGAUGACACAUGCGUAUGCGUCUCCGACCCGUCACCGCAGACCCUGGAGGCAAAGAUUCAUCAAGCCACCGGAAAGCUUCUAGAUCUCUGUGAAACCCAUGGUCUCUCACCCAACUUGAGCCCUGGCAAGACGGAGGCACUUCUGGUCUUCCAAGGACGUGGCUCGCGACAAAUGCGUAUCAAAUACUUCGGGCCCACCUCUGACCGAUCUUUGAAGAUCAUGGGAGAAAAGGGAAUCCUGAAGGUGAGGGCGGUAGCGCAAUACACACAUUUGGGCUGCGUCAUUCAUCAUCAAUCAGAUCAGAGGAAAGAGGCGCGCAGACGCAUCAGCAUGGCACACCAGACGUUUUCCCAACACAGACGUCAUUUGCUGCAGAAUCCAGUGUUAUCUAUGCAAAGACGGCUCGAGCUCUUCAAGUCUUUGGUUUGGAGCCGUCUGAGCUACGGAACGGAGACCUGGACAUUCACAGAAGGGCGCACCAAAGAGUACAUUCACAAUGCCGUGAUGCGACUACUCCGUCGUCUUUUAGGCCGAGCUCAUGAUGCCCAUCUCACAGACGAUGACAUCUUGACUGAGGUCGGCUCAAAUAGCCCGACAGAGCUAUUACGUCUUUCAAGACUUCGGUAUCUGGGAACCCUUCACAAAUGCAGUCACUUGGUGCCCUGGGGCCUGAUCAAUUGUGAUCAACCGUGGAUCGAGCUCAUCAAGGAUGACCUUCGAUGGCUUUGGAGGCAACUUCAAGGUGCCUCACACCUACCAGAUCCACAUACGAGCCUUGCAGCUUGGGAGGACAUUUGGCGCCAUCACCCCUCCUACUGGCGACGCUUAGUACGGCGAGGUGGAGAACAUGCCAUCCUUCAGCGACAACGGCACCAUCGUGUAGUUCAAUUUCAUCAGCGCUUUAUUCAAACCUUCGAAUCUCUGCAUCCCGGUUGCUUUGACAGGAGAGGGCAACAAGCUGGAGAAAGUCAAGAAGCUGAAUUGUUUGAGGAUCAGCACGCAUGUAUGAGCUGCCAGCAGACCUUUCGCAGCAAAGGAGGCUUAGGUGCACAUCUCUUUAAGAGGCACGGUGUGAUCUCGCGGCUACGACUCCUUUUCGACACCACGUGCUGCCGGGCUUGCUUGCGGGAAUACCACACAUACAGCAAACUGCAUGCGCACCUUCGACAAACGACAUCAUGUAGAGAGCAACUCUGGGGGAGACGUCAGAGGAUGACACCAGUGGCAGGCACGGGCUCUGUGGCAGAUCGUGCGUUGUGCAACCUACACGAUGGCUUGCUACCUCCUCUUCAAGCAGAAGGGCCGAGCUUGGCAGCGGGCGCGGCGGUACAACUAACUGAACAUGACCUAUGCUUGGCAGAAACCAUCUACGAGAAGGUUCUGGAACGAGGAGCAGGAGACGACAUUGACUUGGCGACCCUGGACUAUCUCAUCGAGAACCUCACUGAGCAGGACCUGGAGAUCCUCAACCUGGGGGAGUAUAACAUGGUUGAACGCUUGCGACAGUUGAGGCGGGCGGAAAGCUGGCCCUUCCUUUGCCUAGCCAGGCAAGGUCCUCUCCGACAGGCUUCAACCAUGACUCUGGCUGAGAUGGAGCAACAGUGUUUGGAGGCAGCGGAAGCAGCCAACACCAGACAGAAGCUAUGGGAGGUGCCCAGACCGAUGGCAAGAGAAAGGUUUAUUAUCCACGCAUUUUCGGGGAGACGCCGGGCAGGGGACUUCCAGUACUUCAUCGAGCUCAUCCAGAAGGACUUCCCGGAGAUGUUGGUGCACACCAUUUCCGUUGACCUGAUGGUGGACCCCGUGUGGGGGGAUGUCUCCCGACCUCAGCUCCUGAUCGAGUUGGCCUUGGCUGAUGGUGUGGGCGGCUUGGAACAUCCAGCACCGCCCCCAGAUGAACAGAAGGCAAGUAUCUGGAGGCUACCUUUGCUGAAGUUCCUCAUGGAAUGGCCGGAGUUCGAGGUGCUUGACAUCUCACAAGGGCUUUGGGGAGCACAAAGCAGAAAACCAACGAGGCUCUUGCUGCUCAACCUGACGAAGAUGGUCCGGGAGCUACGCCGCUGGCAGCUGACGGGCACUUUGCCGACGGGAGUGAGUAUAGGUCUCACAGAUUCCGGUGAGUGGGCCACCAGUGCUCUCAAGGAGUACCCACCGGCUUUGUGCGCUGGCUUGGCCAGUGGCUUUCUUUCAUCUCUCCACGAGCACCCAGUGGAGGAAGGGGUCGAGAUAACAGAAAGUUUCCGAAGGCAAGCACUUGCGAUGGAAAUCACGCAAUAUGGUGCAGGAAUAGGCCCGGAUUACGCACAGUAG